CAUGGCGGCAGGGGGCGCGGCGGAGGCUCAGGCGCGCUUCGGGCAUUCGGUGAAGGGACUGCUGACCGAGAAGGUGACGAGCUGCGGCACCGACGUGAUCGCCCUCACCAAGCAGGUGCUGAAGGGCUCUCGCAGCGCCGAGUUGCUGGGCCAGGCCGCCAGGAACAUGGUGAUGCAAGAGGAUGCCAUCCUGCACUCCGAAGACAGUUUAAGGAAAAUGGCCAUAAUAACCACGCACCUGCAGUACCAGCAGGAAGCGAUUCAGAAGAAUGUGGAGCAGUCAUCAAACCUGAGGGACCAGCUGAGUCACUUGCUGAAAUGAAGCCUAGCUGAAGGCAUUGGACAUCUCCACUGGCUGUCCUUUUCCUCCUGGGCCUGGGGCUCAGACCUGUGUCUGGAUGGUGCUGAAUGCCAGCUGGGAUACACACAGAGUGCACAUUCCUGAGUGUGCAGGCACCUCUCAGGUGUUCCCAUCCACAUCUGUAUUCAGAACACUCUCCUGAUUCCUUACAUCUAACUGGAACCUUAGCAGAAACUUCACUUCUACAACAGUUCCUGUGUUCCUUUUCUUAUCACGUGCAGUGUGAGGUGCUCAGCCUGUGCCUGUACCUCAGCACCUGCAUUGUUCAGCUGAUGGCCCUGUGUUGAAAUGGUUUGUCAGCCCAGAAUGCGGCAUGUGCUGCCCAUCCAAAGCCUUUUGUCUGUAUGUCCACAGCAGGAUGAUUUUUCUUCCCAUCCCUGCUGAGUCAUUAGCUGUCUGCUGUAAGAUGAUGAAAUACCUAACGAUCUCCAACAAUCGUAGAGCUGGGAUUUUCAUACAAUAUAAUUUCUCCUCCACCCUCCCAACGAAGUGUAUGAAAUAGAGCUGCAAGUUUUAAAUACAGAAUAACUACAGCUACAGGACCUUAUUUAGACACUGGGAUGAUGGGUGUGCUUUAUUUAGGGCCUGUUAAUCAGUGGGAGCUGUAAGUGGUUGGGUGGGUGUAGAGGUGCUUCAGCGUGGACUGAGGUGCCUGUCACAGAGCAGAAUUUUAGAAAGCGUGACUCUGGGCAGGCACCACUGAGCCAGCUGGACAUGACUUUGUGAGCAUCCUGCUCUGAGCUUAUCUUACUUUUUGCUAAGCCAGAAUUUGGAAUGUCAUCUCUUUGCCAGCGCAUCUGCGCUGCUUUCGGCCUUCAAUUGCAUUCCAGUUCUGGCUUGCUCCUCCAGUUCUUGAUUAAGCAGCCUUGGUAGUGCUGUGUAGCUGUCAGAUUGGGAACGCGUCCAGAGACGUGGCUGGGAUGUGGGCAGUGAGGGGCAAAAGAAUGUCAGGAGCCUGUGUAUUCAGUUCUGCAUUGCUCUGUCCUGAGGUCUUAGUGUCUGGGUUCCUGCUUGCUUCUCGGUGAAAUGAGGUGCAAGCUAUAAAUACUACGCCUCGUUUUUCUUGAGUCUCUUAUCUGGAGCACUUGGAGCACACUGGAAGCACUUGUUUGCCUGAGUGUGCUUUUCAUCAGCUGAUAGGACAAGAGCAUGGAUCAGCUUGCCACAUUCCUGCAGUGUGGUUUUGCUGAUGUGCAGAGCCAUGUGGCUUUGCCCUUGCUGCUCUUCCAGAACCACUGCCUGCCUGCCCUCAGCUUGCAGCGCCCAAUCUGUGUUUCUGUCGAGGUGUCCAGUGAUACUGUUAGCUUUUCCUCUGCACUGUGCCUCUGCUCAGGCAAGAACGCAGCCAUGGAGGGCAUGGAGAGGCUGUGGUGAUUUGCUUUGUUGUUAUAAAAGCUUGGUUUUCUACACCUUAA